CGCGAAUUUCCUUAACUAGCAUUUUCAUCAUGGCGUCCGUUUCACGAGAAAAUCAGGAAAUAUUUUUUUCGGACCCUUUAUUUUGUCCGGACUGUGGUUCUAUCUUUCCUUUACCUGGAUUGGCUGAUGUGGUGACGUGCAAAGCAUGCAAACAUCAAAAAGACACGAAAGAAUUUGAAGGUAUUGAGAUUUACUCCAAGAAGGUUUUCAACAUAUACAAACCUAAAGCAAAAGUCGAACCUGUUGACGAGGAAGAUGAUUUCACAGAACCUAUGAUUGACCAAAAGUGCUCAAAAUGUGGACAUGAAGGAUUGACGUAUCAGACACGACAGACUCGGUCAGCCGAUGAAGGCCAGACUGUGUUUUAUCUCUGUCCAAGUUGUGGAUUCCAAGAAACUGAAUAUUCAUGAACAGCAAAAAAGCGAUGACCCUCAUUUCAGUGCUGGUAAACUUUUGAUGUAAAACAAUUUGAUGCUAUACAUUUAAGGGCCCUCCUAACAACACACUGUGUUUUGUUAUGCCAUAAAAAGAAUAGUUUUUAAAAGGGUUUGUAAAAAUAUUUAAAGGACUUUAUCAAUGAUAACAUUUUUUGGUGACACAUCAAGCUUCUUGUCACCACUGUGAUGAAUGCUACAAGUUUGAAAGACUGAAAAGUUUUGUGCCAAAUACUGCAAAUCACACUUAUAUAAUAAAACUGUCAUAUUAAUUGAAGAAUAA